AUGAAGCUCCGCAGCAAGGCGGCGGCGCUGCUCCUGCUGGCGCUGGCCGCGCUGCUCCUGGCACUGCUGUCCUUGCGCGCCCGCGGCGCCCGGCACCCCGGAGCCCCCGCGCGCCCCGCGCCCGCCCCGCGACACCCGCCCUCGCCGGUGCCCGCGCACCCGCCGGGACCCCGAGUCAUCCCCGGAGCCGCCGGCCCACGCGCUCCGAGGCGCCGGCCCCCGCGCCCGCGCCUCCGAAGCGGCCGCCGGGGCGCCGCGAGCCUGGAGAAGUUGGCGAGGAGGCCUGGAGAGUCCAAGAGUCUCCAUGCUGUGAUGCCACCCGAGCUCUGGAUCCACUUGGCUGUGGUGGCCUGUGGAGAUCGGCUGGAGGAGACACUGGUGAUGCUCAAGUCAGCCAUACUCUUCAGUCGCCGGAAGAUCCACUUUCAUAUCUUCACCGAAGACGCUUUGAAGCCGGAGUUUGAUAAACAGUUACGACAGUGGCCUGCCUCAUAUACAAAGAAGUUUGAGCACACACUCUACCCCAUUACAUUUUCUGUUGGAAACCCUCAGGAGUGGAAGAAAUUAUUCAAACCCUGUGCUGCCCAGAGACUCUUUCUUCCGGUGAUUUUAAAGGAUGUGGACUCACUACUUUAUGUGGACACUGACGUUCUCUUUCUGAGGCCUGUGGAUGACAUCUGGAAGCUUCUGAGGCAGUUUAACUCUACCCAGCUUGCUGCCAUGGCCCCAGAGCAUGAAAUCCCCAAGACUGGCUGGUACAGCCGCUUUGCCAGGCAUCCUUUCUAUGGCUCUGCAGGGGUUAAUUCGGGAGUCAUGCUAAUGAAUUUAACACGAAUCAGAAGUGCCCAGUUCAAGAUCAGCAUGCUUCCCACAGGCCUGGCUUGGGAGGACAUGCUUCUCCCCCUGUACCAGAAGUACAAGAAUGCCAUCACGUGGGGAGACCAAGAUUUAUUAAAUAUCAUUUUUUAUUUCAACCCAGAGUGUCUCUACGUGUUUCCCUGCCAGUGGAACUACCGCCCCGAUCACUGCAUGUACGGGAGCAACUGCAAGGAGGCGGAGCGCGAGGGCGUGUCUGUGCUGCACGGAAACCGCGGCGUCUACCACGACGACAAGCAGCCGACGUUCAAAGCGCUGUACGAAGCAAUACGGGAUUUUCCCUUUCAAGACAAUCUUUUCCAAUCCAUGUACUACCCUCUCCAGCUGAAGUUUUUAGAGACUGUGCACACUUUAUGUGGACGAAUCCCCCAGGUUUUUCUGAAGCAAAUUGAGAAAACGAUGAGAAGGGCUUACGAGAAGCACGUCAUCAUCCGUGUCCGCCCCAACACACGUUGAGUGUUUCCACUUGUUUAAGUCGAUGAGGCAUCUUGUGACCAAGGAGACAGGAAUCUCUUCAUUGCCUGGAUCAUUUUGUGUGAACAUUUAAUGGUGCUCCUCGACAGUCGAGUUUAAAAAGAUGUGAUCAAUUUUGCCAAAUUAGUUACCCUCAAAAGGGAAUAUGCCUUUCUUUAAUUUUUCCUAAAAUCCUACUUAUCUAUGCUUAAAAAAAUAUACUUUAUCAUCAUGCAUUUAGCAUUAUUCCACAAGAGAGAGAAAAUAAAACUUUCCUCAGCCUUCCAGUUCCUGAGAAGUGUUUGAGACCCUGUCAGUGGUAUCCAGGUGUCACGAGCACACCAGGUGGGAUUAGUCAGUGGGCUCAAGUCAGAUUAGUUUAGACAUAAUCCUACCAAUCACUUGGAAAAAAAGUCCACCAUUUUAAUGCAUUUCCAUCUAGACCUCCUCUUUUAAGACCCCUCCCCACAGCCCCCAAACACUUUUGUGUUUUCCAUUAUAACACAUAUUUUAAACAUGUAGCCUCAGGGCUGGGGAUGGCUCAGUGAGUAAAGCUAUUAUACAGAUGUGAGGACCUGAGUUUGGAUCCCCAGACCCCACGAAUAGGCUGGUUGCAACAGCAAGCGCCUGUAUGUCCAGCCCUCAUGAGGGGAGAUGAGAGGCAGGGCAAUUUCCAGCUCACUGCCUACAGGCCAGCUAGCCUGACCCAGCGCAGCAGCGAACGAUCAGAGAGGUUCCGCUUCAAACACAGUGCCAAGUGAGGCCAGCAGGCUGGCCUCUCACCAGCACAUGUGUGCCAUGGCACAUGCGCACCCACACGUUGAAACUCACACAGAAAUUAAAAAAACAAAAAAAAAAAAAAACAGUGUAGCUGUGGUAAAAUCCAGCCUCUAUGCUGAGAUUUUCAUGAGGACGCUAAAGAGAGAAGAUAACUAUAUUGAGAACACUCGUCAUAUCUGGAAACGGUUUUCAGGUUCCGGCUAAUUGAGCAGCCUUCAAGGAUGAAGGUGUUUAUCUGAAGGUGUUUCUUUAAAACAAAACAAAAAAAAAAAAAAAUGCUGUGAUUUAAGGAAGACUCAAUCUUAAGAAACGUCUUGAUGACAAUAACUUCUGAAAGGAAGUGCAGUGACCGUCUCAAGCCCAAGAAGUUUCCUUAGAAAAGAAUUUGGGUUUAUCCACAGACAAAAACAUUGAUUUCUGAAGUCAUCAAUAAACGUAUUUAUCUCUUGUCUGCAAACUACUGGGGAGUGAAUGGAAAUAAAGACCAACUUCAGAGUUUGGAUUGUUGAAUUUCUAA